AUGGUAUCUGGCCCAGUCAGAAGCAACCAGGGGGUCUUGUCUGGUCGACACAGCCUGGACAACAGCCCACCCAACCCCAGGCCAUGCCCUGCUUUCCUGGGCAGCCCAGCACCCCCUGCUGGCCUGGUCCACAACCAUCCCAACCAGCCCCAGCUCCGGCUCAACCUCAGCCAAUGCCCUGUUUUCCUGGGCAGCCCAACACCCCCUGCUGGCCUGGGCAACAGCCAUCCCAACCAGCCCCAGCUCCAACCCAAAACUGGAACUGGCCUGAGCGUUCCCUACAACCAGAACCUACAAAGAGGCAUCUACGACAAGAUGAUGAUCACCAUCAUGGGCCGGGUCAAACCAAAUGCUAAGCAGUUCACAGUCAACUUCCUGCGAGGUAAAGACAUCGCCUUCCACCUCAACUCUCGGUUCAAUGAGGGGGGCAAGCAGGCAGUGGUGAGGAACACCAAGGUGGGAGAGCACUGGGGGAAGGAGGAGAGGCACACACAGGGAGGCUUCCCCUUCAUGGCCGGACAGUCCUUCGAGAUGAAGAUUCUGGUUACGUCUGGGGAGUUCAAGGUGGCUGUGAACGGAGCUCAGCUGUUUGAGUUUAAACACCGCGUCAGAGAACUCAACCAGAUCGAUCGCAUCAACAUCCUCUAUGAUGUCAUCCUCAUCUCCAUCAACGUAGACACAAUACCAUGA